GGGAGAAGGCGUAACUACGCCCAGGCUACUUCCUAGGCCUCAAGGAGGCUAGCUAGAGCCCUCGAGGCGCCCGCGUAGCCUCCAGGCGGCAGGUGCGCGCGCAGCCAGCCGCGGGCGACCGCGAGGCGGGUAAAGGUGCCUUUUCUUCCCUCUGGCCUCCCUCGCCAGCCCUGCCCCUCCCACUAUCCCUAGCCUGCGCUCCGCUGCGAGGGGGGAAAAGGUCACUUUGGGGUUGUCGCGAGACAGCCGUUUAACGGUGAGAACGGGUGCGCGAGGAAGGAAACCUCGCGCGCUCCCUUGGAGUCGGCUCCAGAUUGGCUGACGGAAGGGGCGGGGGGCGGGCACCGCGGACGUCGCUGCCUGUGAGGCCGCAAGAGGCGGGGCCGGCACACCGAUCCUCCUCCCCGAUUGGCCCGCUGCAAGUGUGUGGCGGCCGCGCGCGCACUCGCCGCCGGCGGUCGCGGGCCUUGAGUGGCAGGGGGUGGGGGGGCACCCUCGGAGCGGGCGGAGGGGAGGGGGAAGAGAAGCGCUCCGGAGAGAGUGAGCCGGACGCUCCGGGAGUCCGGGGGGGGGCGGGGGGAGCUGCGUCGCGGCAGCCGCCGCCUCCGCCUCCACCGCCUGGGACGAGGGGGUGGGGGACGGACGAGCCCGAUGCCGGGGGAGACGGAGGAGCCGCGAUCCCCGGAGCAACAGGACCAGGAAGGCGGACAGGCGGCGGCGGCCGCGGCGGCUCCGGACGAGCCCCAGGCGCAGCCAGGUGAGGUGGCGGCGGCGCCUGCGGCGGCUUCUGCGGAAACCGCGACCAGCCGCGUGCUGAGGGGAGGUCGGGACCGCGGCCGGGCCGCUGCGGCCGCCGCCGCCGCCGCGGUGUCCCGCCGGAGGAAGGCCGAGUAUCCCCGUCGGCGGAGGAGCAGCCCCAGCGCCAGGCCUCCCGACACCGCCGCGCAACAGGCCCAGGCCGCGAAGCCCCCGUCGCCAGCUCAGGGCAAGAAGAGUCCGCGACUCCAAUGCUUAGAAAAAAUAACAACUGAUAAAGAUCCCAAGGAAGAGAAAGAAGAAGAUUCUCUUCUCUCUCAGGAAGUUUCCAUUGCUGCAACCAAACCCAGCCGGGGCUGGCGCAGUAGCAGCAGGACAUCUGUCUCUCGCCUUCGAGACUCUGAGAAUACUCGAAGUUCUCGAUCCAAGACUGGUUCGUUACAACUCAUCUGCAAGUCAGAACCAAUUACAGAUCAGCUUGAUUAUGAAGUUCCAGAACAUCAAUCUCCCGGUGGCAUUAGUAGUGAUGAGGAAGAGGAGGAGGAAGAAAUGUUAAUCAGUGAAGAGGAAAUACCAUUCAAAGAUGACCCAAGAGAUGAGACCUACAAGCCCCACUUAGAAAGGGAAAACCCAAAGCCACGGAGAAAAUCAGGGAAAGUAAAAGAAGAGAAAGAAAAAAAGGAAAUUAAAGUGGAAGUAGAAGUAGAGGUGAAAGAAGAAGAGAAUGAAAUUAGGGAGGAUGAGGAACCACCUAGGAAGAGAGGGAGAAGGCGAAAAGAUGACAAAAGUCCACGGUUACCCAAAAGGAGGAAAAAACCUCCGAUCCAGUAUGUCCGUUGUGAGAUGGAAGGAUGUGGAACUGUUCUUGCCCACCCACGCUAUUUGCAGCACCACAUUAAAUACCAGCAUUUGCUGAAAAAGAAGUAUGUGUGUCCCCACCCCUCCUGUGGACGACUCUUCAGGCUCCAGAAGCAACUUCUGCGACAUGCCAAGCAUCAUACAGAUCAAAGAGAUUACAUCUGUGAAUAUUGUGCUCGGGCCUUCAAGAGUUCCCACAAUCUGGCAGUACACCGGAUGAUUCACACGGGCGAGAAGCCAUUACAAUGUGAGAUCUGUGGAUUUACUUGUCGACAAAAGGCAUCCCUUAAUUGGCACAUGAAGAAACACGAUGCGGACUCCUUCUACCAAUUUUCUUGCAAUAUCUGUGGCAAAAAAUUUGAGAAGAAGGACAGCGUAGUGGCACACAAAGCAAAAAGCCACCCUGAGGUGCUGAUUGCAGAAGCUUUGGCUGCCAACGCAGGCGCCCUUAUCACCAGCACAGAUAUAUUGGGCACUAACCCUGAGUCCCUGACACAACCUGCAGAUGGCCAGGGACUUCCUCUUCUUCCUGAGCCCUUGGGAAACUCAACAUCUGGAGAGUGCCUGCUGCUAGAAGCUGAAGGAAUGUCAAAGUCGUACUGCAGUGGGACGGAACGGGUGAGCCUCAUGGCUGAUGGGAAGAUCUUUGUGGGAAGUGGCAGCAGCGGGGGCACUGAAGGGCUGGUCAUGAACUCGGAUAUACUCGGUGCUACCACAGAGGUUCUGAUUGAAGAUUCAGACUCUACUGGACCUUAGCGGAAAGACAGACUUUGGGCAUUGGGACAGUGCAGACUUUGUAUUUAAAAGAGAAAAAGGACAAAAAAAAUUUAAAGCAUUUAAAAUCUAGUAAAAUAACUGAAGGGCCUGCUCUUUGCAUUGUGGAUCACAGCGCACAAACGCGCGCGCACACACACACACACACACACACACACACACACACACACACACAUCCCCUACACUCCCUGUCUUCUUUCCCUUAAGCAUUGAUGCUACCUUUACAGAAAGGCAGGUGCAAAGCAGCAGCAGUGGUGGCUCCACGGUGAGGCUUGUCCUCAUGCCUGUUCCAGCCAGUGGCAGACUUCCUGUUGUCCACAGAUCUCCUCCUCCAACCUGUAACUCUGAUGUGCUCUCUGGAUCAGCUUUUAAUUCUUAAUAGUAUAUCACUAUCUUCUAAAUCCUUUUUCCUCUACUGCUGUCCUACGGUUCUGGCUUUCCCCAACUCAGCCACCAACACGUACCCUCAAAUAGUAUAUGAUUCUGUUCUCUGGAGGCUGGCAGCUUGACUUGGCACUUUAGGGCCCCUUAGCAGGGUGCUGUUAAAACAGCACAUGUCUCUUACCCCCUCUUCCUCCAUUCCUCACUCGGUUUGGGGAAGGAAGAAUACAUGGGGACCACUUCCCUCCUCUUGAUGGAUCCCAGCACCUCAGUCCCCUUUCAAACCACCUCCAUAUGGUUCUUAAUGGUGCUCACUUGCUUGGAAGCAGGCUCCCAAGAGGGAGGGGGCUGCCCUCUGUACAGUCUAUCUGACUGUAAAUCAGGGCUGUAUAUCAAUGAGACAGUGAGAAAAGUCCCAGGCUAAUGGCAGAAAUUUGCACUUUGAACAUACAUGUUUUUGUGUUGUGGAACCUGAGAUUCCUUAUUUAUUAAUGGAAAGUCUGAUUUGGGGGGGGAGGGUCUUUGUUGCUAUAUUUUGUGGGGCUGGGAGAAUAGAUUAUUCUGAUGUGGGAUCCUUCUUACAAGAGGUACUUUGAAGGCGGCGUAGAGUGGAAGAAGCACAGCCAGCCUCUAAAAAUCAUAGCUCUCCAGUGGCCUUUAAAGAAAGCUGGUCCUUAGCACUAACAGAAUCACUACAAUAGCCUAGUGCUUUUUGGAAGCCUUAGGAAAGGAUGGUAGGUAUGAUAACUGAUGUGCUCUUUGAGAUUUUAAGAGCAUUGAGAUUUAGGAAUUUUGAAGGGAUGAGGAAUGUUCAAGGUCUAAAUUACAGAUAAAAAGAUUUUCUCUAUGAAUUUAUUUUCUCUCUUCAUUCUCACCAUUUCUUUGCAUAUUACUUCCUACAGGCCUAAGUGGCCCCUUGUUUUGAUUGUGGAUUUUGCUUUGUUAUUGAUUCAUUCCAGCUGUCUGUUAGUGAAAGACCAGAAAGGAACAAAGUCUGAGAAUCCUAGAGUUUUGAGUCAUAGAGAAAACUGUCUUGUUUCCCUUUUCAUAAUAUCUUAGAAGAGAACAAAAUUUUAAUAGACAAAAGCAAAGAUGAAAAUCUGUGUAAGAAUGGCUUUGGCUCUCACCUGAAUUAACUACUGUCCUUGGAAGAGGAAUUUUCAUGCUUUGUGAUGUAUCAUUGUCAGUGGAAACACAAGUCUGUUACUCUCAGAAGACUAGAAACAUUUGGGCUCAGUUUUUGAGAAUUAGAAGAGCAUUUCCUAUCCUGUGUACCUCAGAAGCUACAAUUGAAAAGUUACCUAGUUUGUUGUCAGAAAUGUAUGAUGGCUGUUAAAAAGAAAAAAGGGAGUGUGGCUGAGAGCAAAAUAAGGAGCAGCUUGUUUUUUUACAAACACUAAAACUACAGCGUUUAUCAGAUUUUCUCUUUGAUUAAUUUUUUCCUAAAAAGGGGAGUAACAAAAUGUCAUCUCUGAAAGAGGCUUACUGUACACCCACCAGUAUCAGUGGUUGGGAUGCCAGGGAAGAGGGAGUACAGACACCUACAACAGACAGUCUUAAAUGCACUAUUGUUUGUUCUCAGAGUAUUGCAGAUUUGCCCUCCCUCCCUCCCAUGUGAGGGUAGAGAGUGGACCCAAGAUAGAAGGGUGUAGAUCACCUCUCCUGCCACACAGGGAGGCUUUGCAGUUGACCUUAGCAUACUGAGUGGAUUUGAAACUGUUGUGAGAUUAAAUGGCCCUGCAACAAAAUCCUCCACUUUGUACUGUCUGUCCAGCUAGCAUCUGUAUCCUACAUGCACUUUUGUCUUUCACACUUAGACUUUGUCUCUGUAAAUUUCACUUCUAGUGGUUUAUUCAUCAGCUGUUGUAGCUCCCCACAGAAAAGCAAACUGCACUGUAAACACCUUUCUGGGUUGGGGAAAAUGUUCUUCCCUAUACCUCACUCUCUUCCCCAUGAAAGCAGAUAGUUGGCACUAAACAUUAGAAACUUCCUGUUCCCUCAUUUAUUUUUUGAAUUCUUUUUGGUUGGAUCGUCUUCCUAGCUACCAUUUGCUGACAAAUUAUUGUAGCAGUUUGCAAUAAAAUUUUAAAGUAUUUUCAUGGACUUUGUUUUUCCUUUUGAGAAAGGAAUGCUAGCAUAGUAACCGCAGAAUGAGCGAACUAAGCCCAGUCCCCAGAGCCUGUCUUCUUCCCGAGGUGUUUAUUCAUUGCCUUCCAAGGAGCCAUUUGAAUCCUGAAAAUCUGUACUUCAUUCUCAAAUUUUUCUGCCUUUCAGAUAACUUUUCACUUUAUAUUCUCCAUCUUGAAUUGGCAAUUCUAAAUUUUAUGAAUACAAUUGAAAUAACUGUAUUUCUCAGAGAUGUGCUUCCCUCUUGUUUGCGGUGCCAUGGCCAUUUUGUGUAAUUAUACUCCUUAAUAUAUUUAGAGAGUUUAGAUGGACAGUGGCUGGGAGUCCUAGGGAUAAAGAGAAGUGUUGUAAGAUACAGGAAAAUAUCGGCAUAGAGCACUUGGACCUCCUUGGUGCCCGUUCGGAGGAAAAAACAACACGCUACCAACCUAAGUAAGGUUACUGUCUCAACUGAAGUACCAGUUUCCUCCUCCUGUUUUUCUCUCAUUUUCCAAUGUACUCAAAAUUUAAGAAUUGUAAUGGAUCAGUUAUAUUUCCUAAAAUCUUUUCUGCCUGGUGUAAUGUGCAGGGCCCUUCUUAUGAUGAAAGAGAUGGGUAAUUAACCUGAUCUAGGCUGAAAA